UUGCAACAAUUUCAAAUCAGACCUUCUUUAACCAUCAGAGACAUUUCCUGUACCCAGCCGUAGUACGAUUUUGGAAGCACCAGCAAACGCAGCAUGUAGUAAGAUACAGAGACGGUAGGGAGUCCCUGGUCGUUGGUGGUGAUGUAGGGCUGAUAUUCCAGGCCAUUCUGCAAAGUAUGGGUCUUAUUCAAUGGUAGACUUGAACCAAGGUGUUGUAAUUGAUGUCCAACUGGUUCAGAGUAAUGAGGUCAAGUCCAGCAAUGCUAUGGAAAAAGAAGGUCUGAUACGUGCCUUGAAAUGGAUAGAUGACAACAACUUGUCUGUCAAGACGCUUGUCACCGAUCAGCAUCUUCAAAUUGUGAAGUACGUUAGAGAGAAGGAACCACACAUCAAACACUACUUCGACGUCUGGCAUGUGGCAAAAGGUUUAAAGAAAAAAAUGGUUAAACUCAGUAAGGAGACAGACUGUGCAAAAGUUGGAGAGUGGAUAAAAAGCAUCACAAACCACAUGUACUGGGUAGCAGCUUCAACACCAGCUGAUGAUGGAGAAGAAAUGGUGUCCAAAUGGUUGUCGGUGGCUAACCAUGUACAGAACAUCCAUACAGGCCACUCUGACACAUUUCCAAGCUGUAAACAUCGAAGAUUAGUGGGACGAGACAGGAAAAAGAAAUGGUUAAAACCAGGUAUGAUAUUAUUACACUAUUUGUUAGUCUUGUUAUAUCAUAAAAUUCAGGCUUUUGGUCAAAAGGCCAUUUAA